AUGGAUGCCUCCUCAUCAUCAACCGGUCCACCAUCCGCACAGGAGGAGCGUCGAGAUUCUGCAGCACAGGAAAAUUGCGAGGGUUCUCCAGCCGAAACGACUGCGAUCACAAUCAGUCCGACUGCUGCACACGAGCCGUUGGAAGUGUCUGGUGAGCAGACGCCUCAGACGAACGAGAAGGAUUCAUCUGAAGCAGCAGUCUGUUCUCCAACCGCACAGGAGACUCGUAGGAGCUCUCCAGCCGUCACGACCUGUCAGGCAAGGAAAGACACUGGAUUCGAGCUCGCUACCACACACGAGCCGCCGGAAGUCUCUGGCGAGCAGGCGGACCAGGCGAACGAAAAGGCUUCAACCGAAGCAUCAGUCCCUUCUCAAACCGAACAGAAAGAUUGCGAGGGCUCUCCGGGCGUCACGAUCACACAGGCAAGCACAGCCACCGAAGUCGAGCUCGCUACUCCACACGAACCCUCUCCAGCCAGCAGCGCUGGAGCGACGAUAAGCACGGCAAGCCCAGCCACCGAAGUCGAGCCAACUGCCGCACACGAACCACCCGAAAUCUCUGGUAAGGUAGACAGCUCGCAGGUGCCCGAGACCGAAUCCGCUCCCCAAGAGGCCCUCUGCACUUCAGAGAAGCCGAAGAAGCCAAAGAGGCAGCUCUCCGAGACGCAUCUGCAAGCGGUCCGGCAGAACGCGGCCAAAGGCCGGCAGGCCUGGUCCGCGAAGGCUUCUGCUGCUCGAGCCGACCCGAACAGGCCCAAGAGAAAGGUUAGCGAACCCCAUCGGGAAGCGCUUCUCCAGAAUCUUGCUAAGGCGAGGGAGGCAAGGAGCGACAUGGCGCGUCGCAGACAGCGAAGGCGAGCGCAGGGAUUGACUGUGAAAGAUGAUAGGGAAGACGGGAUGACUGCAGAGAACGCCGAUGGUGGUGUCGAGAUCCGCGGAGAUCAGCAGCCCAGCGAAACGGCUGACGAAGCGGUCGCAAGUCAAGCAGUCGAGACCAGACAAGAAGUGGUCCAACAGAUGACGAGUUCAGCUGUGAUACCGAGGUCGCCUCAUCCAGCGGCUUACAACGAAGUGAUCGCGGGUCGGGCAGACGAAAUUGCGCAAGAAGCGGUCGAGUGGAUGGCAAGCUCAGCUGCGAUGCCGGGAUCGCCACAUCCCGAGAUUGCCAGCGAAGCGAUUGCAUGUCAGGCAAACGAAGACGGUCAAGAGACGAUCCAGCAGAUGACAGGCCCGGCGGUGACGCCAGGAUCGCCUCAGGCACGUGCUUCUUCGCCGAUCUGCUUCACUUGGGCAGACGUGGACCCAUCAGAAGAGGAGGACGAGCUUGUGUCGAGUCAAGAGGAGGGAUGUCGGCCCAGUCAAGAAGUGAGCUUUCGGCAAGAGACGACCGGGAGUACAGAUCAUAGCGUGGAAGCCCAGCAGCAAGCUGUCCCACUCGAGCCUAUCGCUCAAUCGGUUCCAAGUCCCGCCGUUCAGAUCACGCUCGAAGCACCGAGGCAGCCCGUGGUGACCGACGAUGAUGAGCCCAGCCUCUUCAUUGAACUCAAGAGGCUGCCUCCGGGGAUCAGGUCGCAAUAUUAUAAUAUUCCGACCAACGAUGAUCUGCUUCCACCCGUCCGAAAGGGGGUGACGAGCGACAUUGUCGAGAUCAGCAGCGAUAGCGAAGGCGGCGAAGACCUUGAUACCGGCACCAAACGACGGGGUCGGCGUCAGAUCCAAACUUCAGUCAAGACUACGCGCCGACAGAAGCGGGUGCGUCAGGAGGAGAUGCCAGAUACUUCUGAUGGCGAGUACGAGGAGGAGAACGAAGGCGAGGAGGAGGAGGAGGAGGAGGAGGACGAGGAGGAGGACGAAGGCGAGUACGAAGAGGAGACGGACACAUCAGACGAAAGGUGGGGCGAGAAGAGAAAGGCAAGGGCAUUAGCUCGAGCGAGGCGUGUAGAGGCGACGCGAUCGCUCGCAAAGAGCAAAGUGUCGCCCACCAAACGCAAACGUAAAGUGCAAGCGUCGCCUACGAAAAGGACCCGGCAGAGGCGCGAUCCAGAAACAGUCUUCUUGGGUUUCUUCAGCCCGACUCAACCCGAAACGAUCACUGCCAAGCGUGGGUUUCGUCGGACCGUGUCGGCGCCCAAUGCUAGCAGCAGCCGCGAAACAUACCCCGCCGUGGCCGCCAGCUCGAGUCACUCCCAGUCGUCGUCCCAGCAAAGUUACUCCCAAUCGUCGUCCCAGUCAACCCGCUAUUCUUCGGUAUCGUCCACCACGCGAACCACCCCUUCAACGCGAAGUGGGACAUUCUCCACCCCUUCGACCUCCUUUUCCACCGCAGCAAGUAGCAUCGAUCAAAACCUUCUCCAACGCAUCGUGCGAGAGGUGUCCGAACGCGUCUACUCGGAGAUGGCACCGUCGCUUCAGGGUCGCAGUUUGAUACGAAGCGAGUCGGUCAAAUCUCAGGUGUACGAGGAGCACUUUCCGGAUCUCGAGGAGGACGACGAGCUGGACGACCGACAAGCACGGUCCAGUUCGCCAUUUGACCCGCCACAAGGGUCCUACUUGGUUGACGUCAAGGCGGGGAUGGAGCGCAACAGAGAGCUGUUCAUGCGCUUGUCGGGUUUGCUGCCUGAUCAGCCAGAGCGUUAG